UGGGAAUUUCAUCGACAAUCGAUGAGUGUACUUAACCUCACAGACUCCGGCGGAGGGAAACGUCAUCCGGUUGGCCGGAAAAUCGUGGGAGGAAGAGACCGUGAAAUGCUCUGUAAAUAAAUACUCAAGCACACAUUAAGGUGGCAAAGAUGAAAGGAUAUCUAAUUUUCUCAUUGCUUCUGCUUUCGACUCUUUCGUCGGGAAAGAUCAACUCCAAGAGUGCCGUUGUGGACGACAUAACUGAUGUGAAGGACUUCAAGAAGCUCCUGCGGACGAAGAACAACGUUCUUGUGUUGUUCUUGGCCACCACGAAGGAAAAUCAGGGCACUAUAAAGGUGUUCCGGGAGGCAGCAGAGGCCAUUAAGGGUCAAGGAACUCUGGCGCUCUUUGACUGCUCAAACAGUGAGGUGAAAAAGAUAUGCAAGAAACUCAAAGUCAAUCCGGAUCAGUAUGUGGUGAAGCAUUUCAAGGACGGCGACUUCCACAAGGAUUACGAUCGCAAACUGGCGGUCGUUAGCAUUGUGAACUUCAUGAGAGAUCCCACCGGCGAUCUGCCUUGGGAAGAGGACCCAGUAGGGGCUGACGUGGUUCACGUUCCGGAUGCAAAUACUCUGGAUAAGUUCCUAAAGAGGGAGACAAAGCCAAUCCUUGUGAUGUUUUAUGCUCCUUGGUGUGGCUAUUGUAAAUCCUUGAAGCCCGAAUACUCAGCUGCGGCCACUGAACUCAAGGAUAAGUAUAUUCUUGCUGCGAUUGACGUCAAUCGUCCGGAGAAUUCAGUCAUAAGAAAGACAUACAACAUCACUGGCUUCCCUACAUUGCUCUACUACGAGAGCGGAAAGAUGCGUCACACUUUCGAGGGUGAGAACAAUAAGGCGGGCAUUGUGUCCUUUAUGGAAAAUCCUACGAGGAAAACUGUGCAGAAGGCACCUGAACCCGACUGGGCCAGUGAUACGAACUCUGAGGUUGUUCAUCUUACGUCUACAUCUUUUGAGCCAGCUCUCAAGGAUGAGAAAUCCGUGAUGGUAAUGUUCUAUGCCACCUGGUGUGGUCACUGCAAGCGAAUGAAGCCAGAGUAUGAGAAGGCUGCUCUUACGAUGAAAGAUGAGAACAUUCCAGGAGUUCUGGCGGCCGUGAAUGCCCCUGUCGAGAGCGAGAUUACGGGUCAAUACAAGAUCUCAGGUUAUCCCACGGUGAUGUACUUUGAAUAUGGUGAAUUUAAGUACAAUCUCAAUUUACGGAAGGCUGAAGAGAUUGUCGAGUUCAUGAAGGAUCCCAAGGAACCGCCUCCUCCUCCGCCGCCUGAGGCUCCUUGGGAGGAUCAAGCGUCGGAAGUGAUUCACUUGACUGAUGACACCUUCAAGACUGUCCUGAAGAAGAAGAAGAACGUCUUGGUGAUAUUCUAUGCGCCUUGGUGUGGUCACUGCAAGGCUGCCAAGCCAGAAUUCGCUAAGGCUGCGGAACACUUCAAAGAUGAUCCCAAGUAUGAGCUCGCAGCGGUGGACUGCACGCGCUACAAGGAGACCUGCUCGGCGUAUGAGGUCAGAGGAUAUCCUACAAUCAAGUACUUCAGCUACCUCAAGACAGUGAAGGAGUACGACGGUGGGAGGACGGAGAAGGACUUUGUGGCCUAUCUGAAAGGCGGCGGUGAGUCAGAGAAAAAGGUGGAAUCACCUGAAGAGGCAUUCGGAACUUUUCCAGGAUCAGAACACAUCAUCCAAGCCACUGACGAUACAUUUGAUAGAGUCCUGAAGGAGCAUAUGAAGGUCUUUGCCUUCUUCCAUGCAUCAUGGUGUGGACACUGUAAAGUGGUGAAGCCGACAAUUUCAACGGUUGCGGAGGAUUUGAGCAGGAUGGAGGGAGGCGCCAAGGUGGUUGCAAUUGACGCCUCUGUGAAUUCCAACGUUGCCAAAAGAUUCAACAUCAACGGCUUUCCCACGUUCAAGAUGUUCAUUGAUGGCGAGUUCGUGAGUGAUUUCGCGGGUGAGCGAUCACGAGCCGGUUUCACGGACUACAUCAAGCGUGAUGGCCAAAACACGAAGGAAGAGCUUUAAUUUACCAUUGUUGAAUCCCACAAUCUUAAUUCCUCAGUGCAAAAAGUCUGGCAAGUACGUAUUUUUCCCUUCCUUCUACCUUUGGCAUUCCAUGAAGAGGUGUGUUUUCUUCCAAGACGAAAAAAGUAACAUAGAAAAUGUCUGAAAUACUCUUUGGAUGAUUUUUUUGGUGAUCCUUUUCACCUAAUAUAUUUUCCCCAAUCACACCUCAAAGAGAAAGAGAGAGAAGUAUUUUUUUGUAAUAAAGAUGAAUUUUGCAAGAAAA